CGCUAUGUUUUUAGUAUGACACCCACACAACCAUCCUGCCACACAGAAGACACACGUCUUCUUUCCUUUUCCUGUCCUUUUAAUAGCCUCGUCUCUUCUUCUCUCCCCUCAGCAAUCUACAAUUACGAUGUCCGUGGAGACGAGGAGCUGUCGCUACAGAUUGGAGACACAGUCCACAUACUAGAGACAUAUGAAGGCUGGUACAGAGGUCACAGGCUGAGGAGGAAGUCCAAGAAAGGGAUCUUUCCUGCCUGUUACAUUCACCUCAAGGAGGCCACCGUUGAAGGCAAUGGGCACAAGGAGACGGUGAUUCCCAACGAGCUGCCUCUGGUCCAGGAGGUCACCACCACCCUGCGGGAGUGGGCUUCCAUAUGGAGAGACCUCUACGUGGGGGACAGGCGUGAGAUGUUUAACUCAGUCAGGGACAUGAUCUAUGACCUGAUCGAGUGGCGAUCUCAGAUCCUGUCAGGGACGCUCCCACAAGACGAGCUGACUGAGCUUAAACAGAGAGUCACCUCUAAGAUCGACUACGGGAACAAGUACCUGGAUCUCGACCUCGUGGUGAGAGAUAAAGAUGGCAACAUCUUGGACCCCGACUCUACCAGCACCGUCUCUCUCUUCAGAGCCCAUGAAGCUGCUUCCAAACAGAUCGAGGACAGGAUCCAAGAGGAGAAGUCUCAGAAACAGAAUGUAGAUCUGAGCAGGCAGGCCAAGUUCGCCCAGACACCGUCCUUCGCUCUCUUCGUCACCCUGAAGAACGUGGUGUGUAAGAUCGGAGAAGAUGCAGAGGUCCUCAUGUCGCUCUACGACCCUGUUGAGUCAAAGUUCAUCAGUGAGAAUUACCUGGUGCGAUGGUCCAGUCAAGGCCUGGUGAAAGAUAUAGACCAGCUACAUAACCUGAGAUCAGUCUUCACUGACCUUGGCAGUGAGGAUUUAAAGAGAGAGAAGAUCAGCUUUGUGUGCCAGAUCGUUAGAGUCGGACGGAUGGAGCUACGUGACAACAACACCAAGAAGCUGACCUCUGGGCUGAGGAGACCCUUUGGAGUGGCAGUAAUGGAUGUGACUGACAUCAUAACAGGCAAGAUGGAUGAUGAGGACAAGCAGUAUUUCAUCCCCUUCCAGCCGGUGGCGGGGGAGAGCGACUUUCUCCAGACCGUCAUCAACAAGGUCAUCGCCGCCAAGGAGGUCAACCACAAGGGACAAGGUAAAGUUAAUGUACAGGGAGGUGGGGGGAUACAGGCCUGGGGUCUGACUAAAGGACGACGGGCCUGGGGUCUGACUAAAGGACGACGGGCCUGGGGUCUGACUAAACGGGCCUGGGGACGACGGGCCUGGGGUCUGACUAAAGGACGACGGGCCCGGGGUCUGACUAAAGGACGACGGGCCCGGGGUCUGACUAAAGGACGACGGGCCCGGGGUCUGACUAAGGGACGACUGGCCCGGGGUCUGACUAAGGGACGACGGGCCCGGGGUCUGACUACGGGGCGACGGGCCCGGGGCGACGGGCCCCGGGGCCUGACGACGGGGCGACGGGCCCCGGGGCCUGACGACGGGGCGACGGGCCCCGGGCCUGACGACGGGCCCCGGGGCCUGACGACGGGCGACGGGCCCCGGGGGGACGGGCCCCGGGGCCUGAAAGGACGGGCGCGGGCCCGGGGCCUGAAGACGGGGCGACGGGCCCUGACGGCGGGGCGACGGGGCCUGACGACGGGCGACGGGCCUGACUGGACGGGCCGACGCCGGGGCGGGCCCGGGCCUGACGACGGGCGACGGGCCCGGGGCCUGGACGACGGGGCGGCGGGCCCGGGGCCUGGCGACGGGCGACGGGCCCGGGGCCUGACGACGGGGUCUGGGGUGACUUCUCAACUGGCUGACCAUAUCCACAGAUCCAGGCCCCUCAGAUGGCUUCCCGGAGAUCAUCAGCCAGGUAGCAUCAUGAUCCAUUCAGAGAUCAUCAUACCAGGUAGCAUCAUGAUCCAUUCAGAGAUCGUCAUACCAGGUAGCAUCAUGAUCCAUUCAGAGAUCGUCAUACCAGGUAGCAUCAUGAUCCAUUCAGAGAUCGUCAUACCAGGUAGCAUCAUGAUCCAUUCAGAGAUCGUCAUACCAGGUAGCAUCAUGAUCCAUUCAGAGAUCGUCAUACCAGGUGACGUUCUGUCCAUCUCGUGGUCCCUGGUUCAGGGAGAGUUUGACCUGCUGCAAAUGGUAUUUAUUAUUAUAUUAAAAUUCAUUCUCCAUUUCCACCUUUCUAUCCCUCUCUCUCUCUUUCAGAACGUGAUGUUCCCUGGUGCUGGAGACGAGGGCAUCUUGGAGUACAAGUCUGUCAUCUACUACCAGAUCAAACAGCCACGCUGGUUUGAAACCAUCAAGGUUGCCAUCCCGAUUGAAGACGUGAACCGAAGUCACCUGCGAUUCACCUUCCGUCACCGAUCUUCUCAAGAAUCCAAAGACAAAUCGGAGAAGAUAUUUGCCCUGUCGUUUGUGAAGCUGAUGAGGUACGAUGGGACGACCCUGAGGGACGGAGAGCACGAUCUCAUCGUAUACAAGGCGGAGGCUAAGAAGCUGGAGGACUCGUCUCUGUACCUGAACCUGCCUGCUACCAAGGUGGAGCUGGAGGAGAAGGGUUUGUCCACUACAGGGAAGGGUACACACAACCUGGGCAACUGUACCAUCAGCAAGGACUCCUUCCAGAUAGCAACCCUGGUGUGUUCCACCAAGCUCACACAGAACGGUAAAGAGACUCUCUCUCCCUCUAGCCCUCUCUCCUUCUAGUCCACUACAGUCCACUACAGCCUCUCCCUCCUCUAC